ACUACAUCUUCUAGUUAGAUUCUUAUAUCUAAUAUUUAGUACUAGGAGUGGGCAGUUGAUUUUCUUCAAUUAUAAAUAUACCCGGCCGUAUGCUUCAUUGGCAAGGUCCAUCCAUUGUCUUGUAUAUUAAGCUUGAGUGCCUUAUAGUUCCCUCAAUUCCAUCACUCCAAUCUUGUUGGAACUUGUUCAAGAGUAUGUGGAAAAAGAUAUCAAAGUCCAUAAGAAAUUUACUUUGCCUUCAACCAAACCGUCUCCUGCACCGUAAUGAAGUUCUUAAUGAGACACUGCAUGGUGCCCACCGUAAUGAAGUUCUUAAUGAGACACUGCAUGGUGCCAACUUGGAUGUGCACUGGGUGAGCUCCCAUGUUUGUUUAGAGGAAAGCAAACCAUGCAUGUGUAAUCACAGCAUUAAGAACUUAGAGUCUGUCGAAAAUGACAUAGCCAUUGAGCAUAAUGUGGGGGCUACUGGUUCUUUUGCUCAUGCUGUCAUUAAUAUGAUUGGGAUGCUCAUAGGGUUGGGGCAAUUAUCAACUCCAUAUGCACUGGAAAGAGGAGGGUGGGUAUCUUCUUUUCUGCUUAUAGGACUUGGGAUAAUAUGUGCAUAUACUUCUCAUCUACUUGGAAAAUGUCUUGACAAGAAUCCCAAGUCAAGAAGUUUUACAGAUAUUGGACAGCAUGCAUUUGGAACAAAAGGAAAAGUAUUAGUUACAACCUUCAUCUACUUGGAAAUUUUCAUGGCACUAGUGUCCUAUACAAUAUCAUUGCAUGACAACCUUAUUCCAGUACUUUCAGGGAUGCAGAUUAAGGUGCCAUGGGCUAAACUAUCUUCAUCUCAGCUCCUAACAAUGAUGGCAGUCUUAAUAGCACUCCCUAGUGUGUGGCUGAGAAAUUUAUCUUCAAUAUCUUUCAUCUCAUCUGCCGGAAUUCUCAUGUCGCUUCUCAUUUUUAUAUCAGUGCCAUGCACUUCCAUUUUUGGAGGUGUAAAACCCAAUCACAAGAUACCAGUCCUCCAGCUCCAUAACAUUCCUGCAAUAUCUGGGCUAUAUAUCUUCAGCUAUGCAGGGCACAUUGUUUUCCCUAAUUUAUAUAAAGAAAUGAAAGAUCCAUCUAGGUUUACCAAGGUAUCUAUUGUCAGCUUCACAAUAGUGACAGCAUUAUAUACAGCAUUAGCUUUCCUGGGAGCCAAAUUGUUUGGGCCAGAAGUAAAUUCUCAAAUCACUCUCAGCAUGCCUCCACAUCUUCUUGUGACAAAGAUUGCAUUAUGGGCCACUGUGCUGACACCCAUGACCAAAUAUGCAUUGGAAAUAGCACCAUUUUCCAUUCAACUUGAGCAUAACCUUCCGGCUUCAAUGGGUUCCAAGCUAAAGAUGAUCAUAAGGGGUUGCGUAGGUUCAUUUCUACUUCUAUUAAUACUAGCACUGGCUCUUUCUGUUCCAUAUUUUCAGUACGUUCUCAGCCUUACUGGUUCCCUUGUUAGCAUUGCCAUCUGCGUAAUCUUUCCUUGUGCAUUCCACACCAAGAUUUGUUGGGGUCAAAUAUCAAAACCUCUCAUAAUUCUCAACUUGACCCUCGUUGCAUUUGGCUCUCUUCUUGGGGUUUUUGGUACCGUUUCCUCAUCCAAGUUACUUGUGCAAAGCCUACGAAGAAGAGCUCAUCACUUAGCCUAAGAAUAUGAUAAUAUAUAGCAGAUUUUUUUUUUUUUUUUUUUUUUUUUUUUUUUUUUUUGCUGUUGAAAAAAAUGGAAGUGCUUUUGUUUUGCACUUCUUCUGAAAGCAUCUAUACUUGUUGCACAUUAGUGUAUAUGGACACAAGUUUGCAACAAUUGAAA